AGUUGGUAAACGGGGAUAUUGCAGUUCGAUAGUAUUUUAAUUAUAAUUAUUUUUUUAAAGUAAUACAUAAAAAAAGACAUGUGGUCAGUUCGUCCUCAUUCCUUAGAUCUUAGAAAUUAGUUGUUAAUUUAGAAUAAUAUUAAAUGUAAGUGAUAUUUUUUUUAAGUAUACCUACAAAUCAUAGUGAUUUGUAUUACUUGUGUUAUAGGUUAUAUUGAUAAAAAUGAUUACAGAAUCUAUGAUAUAUCUUGUGCUCGUGGCACUUUUAUGGGGUGUAACAAAUCCUUUAAUAAAAAAAGGUGCUAGUGGUUUAGAAAAUGUCAAAGCAAACACCAGCUAUGGUCAAUUUUUUAAAGAAGUUUAUUUUCUUUUUACCAAUGCAAAGUAUAUGACACCAUUCCUGUUCAAUCAAAUUGGUUCUUUACUGUAUUACUUCGCAUUGCAAGGUGCUGAUAUAUCGUUGGCAGUUCCUGUAUCUAAUUCUCUUACCUUUGUGAUUACUGCCAUAACAGGUUGGAUCUUAGGAGAGAAGAGAGCAGAGAAAAACACAUAUAUUGGAAUGAUAUUGAUAUUAACAGGAACAACUUUAUGUUGUUGGGAUAAAAUGUAUUUGAUAGAAUAAUUUUCUUCAAUAUAAGAAUGCAUGAUAUGUUUUGAUUGAUGGAGAUGCAAUAUCUGAGAGAUGACAAACUAGAUUUGAUUUUCUAUCUUUUUAUGAGCAAAACUUAUCCAGUUAGUUAACAUUUAUGUAAUAAACAAAUUUAUAUGAAGAGAACAUCUGUUAGAAUCUUAUCGAACUAACAGAGAUAAUCAUGA